CCCUCCCUCCCUCCCUCCUUCCCUGUUUCUCAGCAAUUUUGGGGAAGAACUUCCUUGGAAAUGCAUCAAAUCAGGCACUUCUGUUGGAUUUUGUACAGUUUUGCCUCUUGUUUCUGUUGCAUCUGUUCCUGUGCUCAGCAAAGACAAGGUUAUCUGAUCGUUGCCCCUUCACUUUUCAAAGUGGGGGUAGAAGAAGUCAUCAGUAUAACGAUAUUUAAUCCGGUGAAAGAAACCCGAGUGCAAGUUCAGCUCGUGGUGAAGGGCGAACCGGUGGCUCACAGUCAGGGAACAGUCUUGGAAAAGGGAACAGUCAAGUUAAAGGUUCCCUCAGGGCUCCGGGGACAGGCACAUCUGAAGGUGUGGGGUAACCGGCACCUGACAGAUGAUGGCUAUAUUUUCCACAAUUUCACGACUGUAACGAUCGACGCGAAGGGGUCGUCCGUGUUUAUCCAAACAGACAAACCCGUCUACAAACCCUCGCAGAAAGUUCUCGUCAAUGUAUUCACCGUCACUCCGGACCUUCGACCCGCCAAUGAGAAGCUUGAAGCUUACAUUGUGGAUCCACGAGGCUCCCGGAUGAUCCAGUGGAACGAACUGAAGCCCGUUUGCUGUGGUGUAGUAAACAUGAGUUUCCCCCUCUCCGACCAGCCGGUAUUUGGCGAGUGGAUCCUUUUUGUUGAGAUGCAGGGACACACGUACAACAAAACAUUCGAAGUCCAUAAAUAUGUUCUCCCAAAGUUCGAGUUGACCAUCGACCCACCCAGGUACAUCCAGGACCCCAACAAGUGCGAGAGGGGAACUGUUCAUGCCAGGUACACAUUUGGCAAACCGGUGACGGGCAAACUCACCGUCAACAUGACAGUGAACGGCGUGGGCUACUACAGGCACGAAGUCGGUCACCCGGUCAUGAAAACCAUGGAGAUUGACGGCAUUGCCGGCUUUCCCAUCUGCGUCAAGGACAUGAUGCCGGUCGACGUGCCGGAACAUUUCCGCGGCUCCGUGAACAUCUGGGCGUCGGUGACCAGCUCCGACGGCAGCAAACAGAUCACCUUUGACGACUCCACUCCUGUCCACAAGCAGCUGAUUGACAUCAAGUAUUCCAAGGAUACUCGCAAGCAGUUUAAGCCGGGUCUCCCGUACAAAGGCAAGGUGGAGGUGACUUACCCGGACGGCAGCUCUGCAGACGGAGUCACAGUACGCAUUAAGGCUGAGCUCACCCCGAAGGACAAUGUCUACACCAGCGAACUGGUGUCCAAGAACGGCGUGGUGCAGUUUGAGAUUCCCUCCAUCCCAACCGUGGCUCAGUACGUCUGGUUAGAGACCAAGGUGACAGCGAUCGAGGGGAAAGUAGCAGGUGACCAGUAUCUCCCGAGUUACCUGUCCAUCAGUAGCUGGUACUCGCCGAGCAAAUGCCACAUUCAACUUCAGGGGCCGGACAGAGCGUUCCAGGUGGGGGAGGAAGCCUGGAUAGCGCUGAAGUCCACCUGCGCCUGUGACUUUACCCUUCACUACGAGCUGGCGUCUCGAGGGAACAUCGUGAAGGCGGGGAUGCAGGCGGCCAGCGUCACCCGGCAGCGCAGCAAGAGAGCGACCGUCACCUUCGACAAGAAAAAGCAAAGCUCCCCGGCCUCGCCACACCCCCCCACCAAGUCGCCGGCCGGGGAGGUCGAGGUGUGCAGCACCUCCCUGCGGUUCACCGUCACGCACAACAUGGCGCCCCUCAGCAGACUCCUGGUCUACUACGUGCGGGAGAACGGAGAGGGCAUCACCGACAGCAUCCAAGUCCCCAUCCAGCCUUCUUACGAGAAUAAGGUGUCGGUUUCACUCUCCUCCAACGAGACGAAGCCCGGGGACUUGAUCAACCUCUCGGUGAGAGGCGAACGAGGGUCGUGCACGUGCGUCGCCACCGUGGAUAAGAGCGUCUACCUGUUAAAGCCCGGCUUCCGCCUCACCACAGAGAAGAUCUUCCAGGAGUUGGCGGAUUACGACGUGUCGGACGCCUUUGGCAUCCCCAAGGAGGACGGGCACUUCUGGUGGCCGGGGCUUUCCUCUCGGCGACGCCGCCGUUCCUCGGUUUUCCCCUGGCAUUGGGACAUCACCAAGGACGCUCGCUUCGCCUUCACGGAGACGGGACUAGUGGUGAUGACCGACAUGGUGAGCCUGAAUCACCGGCAGAACGGGGGCAUGUACACGGACGAGGCAGUGCCGGCUUUCCAGCCGCACACGGGGACUCUGGUGGCCGCUAUGCAUUCCCGCAUCGUGCCGAGAGCCGAGAAGAGGAAGAGAACGUUUUUCCCCGAAACCUGGAUCUGGCAUUGCCUCAACAUCAGUGAUGCCACAGGUGAAGCUCAGCUGCAGGUGGAGGUCCCGGACUCCAUCACAACUUGGGUGACUGAGGCCGUCGGCCUGUCCCAGGAGAGAGGCCUGGGGCUGGCCAAGCCCACCGAGCUGCGAACCUUCAAGCCUUUCUUUGUCGACUUCACGUUGCCGUACUUUGUGAUUCGCGGGGAGCAAACCAAGAUUCCACUGACCGUCUACAACUACCUGGCUUCCUGCGCUGAGGUUCAUGUUAAGAUCACAGUCCCCAAGGGAAUCAAGUUUAUCGGCCACCCGGGGAAACGGCACCUGACGAGAAAAAUGUGCCUCAACUCCGAGGAAGCAAAGCCAACCUCCAUUGUCCUGUCCUUCAGUGAACUGGGUCUUGGAAACAUCACAGCCAAAGCGUUUGCUUACAGUGAAACAAACUGUUGUGAGGAAGGGUUACAGGCACUGAAGAACGGCAAGUACCUGGACGAGGGCUACAUGGACAAGAGGAUCCCGACGGGAAUGGAUUACGUCAGGAGAAGCGUCCUCGUGGAGGCUGAAGGACUGCCCAGGGAAUACACAUACAGUGUUUUCUUCUGUCCCAAUGAGAAGAUCCACAUCUCGACUCCCAACAAGUACGAGUAUCAGUAUGUACAGAAGCCCGGGAGGAUGACCCACUUCAACGUGGCAGUCAAAGCCCACAACGACGCUCAUUUUGCCCUGUCCGCCGGACCCCACGACACCGUGGAGAUGAUCGAGAUCGUGGUCGGGGGCCGGCAGAACACCAGGACGUGGGUGGCCGUCAGUAAGAUGGGCGAACCCGUGGCCACCGCCAACAGCCCUCACAUCCUCUCCUGGGACGAGUUCCGCAACUUCUGGAUCCGUUGGAGGAACGGCGUGGUCCAGGUUGGCCAUGGAGCGGUGCCUUCGAACGAGUCCCUGAUUGUGCAGUGGGUCAACGCCGCGUUGCCAGAGGUCAAAUACAUUGGCUUCUCUACGGGCUGGGGCUCGAUGGGGGAGUUUAAGAUCUGGAGGAAAGAGGAAUCGGACGAAAACCACAACGAGGCCUUCACCCUGGGUGUUCCCCACAAUGUGGUCCCCGGCUCGGAAAAGGCCACGGCCUCCAUGAUAGGGGAUGUGAUGGGGCCCACACUGAAUAACCUGGACAACCUCCUGCGGCUCCCGUUCGGUUGUGGGGAGCAGAACAUGAUCCAUUUCGCCCCCAACGUCUUCGUGCUGAAGUAUCUUCAGAAAACCAAACAGCUGUGCGCCGAGGUGGAGAGCGAGGCCACAGAUUACCUCGUACAAGGCUAUCAACGUCAGCUGACCUACAAGAAACAGGAUGGUUCCUACAGUGCAUUCGGUGAGAGGGAUUCCUCUGGGAGCAUGUGGCUGACGGCGUUUGUCCUGAAGUCGUUCGCGCAGUCGCGCGGGUUCAUUUACAUCGACCCCAAGGAGCUGACGGCACCCAAAGACUGGAUCAUCCAGCACCAGAAAGAAGACGGCUCUUUCCCAGCCGUGGGACGAAUCCUCAACAAGGACAUCCAGGGCGGAAUCCACGGGAAGAUCUCUCUGACAGCCUAUGUGGUCGCUGCUCUGCUUGAGACGGGCAUCACUUCCGAGGAAGAAAAGGCCGCGGUUGCCAAAGCCAAGCAUUUCCUGGAGACAAACAUGUACUCGGCAGAUGAUCCGUACACCACUGCUCUCUCGGCUUACGCUCUGACUCUCCUGAGGAGCACCUAUGCUUCAGUGGCACUGAGGAAGCUGAACAACAUGGCUAUCAUGCAAGAUGGCUUCACACACUGGAGCCUGACCGGUACCACAGUCACCGACGAGGACACAUUCAUGGGCUUCAAUGACGGCCUCUCACAGUCGGUUGUCUCAGCAGAAGUGGAGAUGACGGCAUACUCGCUGCUCACGUACACCCUGCUCGGGGAUGUAGCCUCGGCCCUCCCGGUUGUGAAGUGGCUUUCGCAGCAAAGGAACGCGCUGGGCGGAUUUUCAUCGACCCAGGACACCUGCGUCGCUCUGCAAGCGCUCUCCGAGUACGCCAUCCUCUCCUACGUGGGGGGCGUCAAUCUGACCAUCUCCCUCGCCUCAACCAACCUGGAUUUUCAGGAGUCCUUUGAGUUGAACAAAGACAACAAGAAGAUCCUCCAAACGGCGGUGAUUCCGAGCAUCCCGACCGGCUUGUUUGUCAGCGCCAAGGGAGAGGGCUGCUGCCUGAUGCAGAUCGACGUGACGUACAACGUUCCAGACCCGGUGGCCAAGCCGGCGUUCCAGCUCUCAGUCACGCUGCAGGAGCCCAAGCGGGAGCGCCACCUGCACCAGCCCCCGGCCCGGGCCCCCUCCCGCAACGACAACCGCUCCGAGCGUUCCCGCAGGCGCCGCGCUGUGGGGGCCCAUGACGACGACCCUGCCUCCGACCAGGAUCACCAGGAAUACAAAGUCACCGUGGAAGCUUGUGCCAGGUGGCUCCACUCCGGCUCCUCGAACAUGGCUGUUCUGGAGGUGCCUCUCCUGUCGGGGUUCCGAGCGGGCGUGGAGAGCCUCGAACAGCUGCUCCUGGAUAAACAGAUUGAGCUCAAACGCUACGAAACGGAGGGAAGAAAAGUUUUAUUUUAUUUUGACGAGAUUCCCAGCCAGUGUAUGACCUGUGUGAAAUUCCACGCUUACCGCGAAUACAUUGUCGGGAAGACGGCUCCCAUACCAGUCAAGGUGUACGACUACUAUGAACCAGCGUUCGAGGCCACUCGAUUCUACAACGUCAGCGAGACCAGUCCUCUCGCCCGCGAGCUGUGCGACGGAACAACAUGCAACGAGGUGGAGAGCUCGGCCAACCGCUGGAUAGGAUUCGUGCACACUGGCACCUGUAACAACGUGUUUGACUGCCUGGAGGAGGACCACUACGAGAAGUGCAUGUGUUAUCGAGACUGCGGGUAUGAUGGAGACCUGGUGUGUGGCUCUGACUCGGUGAUUUACCAGAACCAGUGCCAGAUGGAGGUGGCUUCGUGUCGCAAUAACACCCGCAUUGAGCAGGUUCCGAUGUCUCAGUGUCCGUCGGCGGAAAGCGUAGCCGAAGAAAAGGAACCUGCAUCUUCUGCGGUGGAACCGGAACAGACACACCAAACCCAAUCAGAGGAGACUCCUGUGCCACAAUCAGAAGUCUCCUAUUACUCUUACGGAGCGAGUUACGAUUAUGACCCGGAACUGUUUGCGUCCGACGUGGACGACGGAAUCGAGGUGACCGGAGAGCAGCUGGAGACCGGCAGCCGAGCAUCGGCGGCGACACAGGAGACGAGCGAACCAUCGGGAAGCAAAUGAGCAAGAUGUUUCAGACACGGGGAGGAGAGAGGCUCUUCCUGGAUGUACAUGUGUGUGUUUAUAUGUUACAAAGUCCCCCCCCACCACCCACCCACCCACCCCCCAACGCACCUGCUGAAUGAAGACUUAGUGCUUUGGCCAGACAGCAUGAAACAGAGGAGUCAGAUCAUAUCCACACCCACUAUUAAAUGUCCCCCCUUAUUAAAUAGACUAGCUAGAGGCAUCUUUACAUAUGUACCGUUGUAUUUUAUAAUCGAAACACGCAGGUUAGCAGGGUUAGUAUUUAUAUUUCUGAGUGACUACAUCGAUGUGUUUUUUUUUGUGAUCUUUAAUUUACUGCUGUGGUAUUUAUUGGAGCUGUACUUUUUAAAUACAAAAUGGUUCGUUCA